UUCCACUGUAGGGCUGGACUAGCAGACAGCCUCUUGCUGUGUGAAUCCCAUCCACAGCUUCUGCCCGUGGGCUUCUGAGCCAUGGCCACUGAGGAGAAGAAGCCAGAGACAGAAGCUGCAAGAGCACAACCCACCCCUUCCUCAUCGGCCACCCAGAGCAAGCCUACACCUGUUAAACCCAACUAUGCACUAAAAUUCACUCUGGCUGGCCACACCAAAGCUGUGUCCUCUGUGAAAUUCAGCCCGAAUGGAGAGUGGCUGGCAAGCUCGUCUGCCGAUAAACUCAUUAAAAUUUGGGGAGCCUACGAUGGAAAGUUUGAGAAAACCAUAUCUGGUCACAAGCUGGGAAUAUCUGAUGUAGCCUGGUCGUCGGAUUCCAACCUCCUGGUGUCUGCCUCUGAUGACAAAACGUUGAAGAUAUGGGAUGUGAGCUCGGGAAAGUGUCUGAAGACCCUGAAGGGGCACAGCAACUAUGUCUUCUGCUGCAACUUCAACCCCCAGUCCAACCUCAUCGUCUCAGGGUCUUUUGAUGAAAGUGUGAGGAUAUGGGACGUGAAGACCGGGAAGUGCCUCAAGACUUUGCCUGCUCAUUCAGAUCCAGUGUCAGCCGUUCAUUUUAAUCGAGAUGGAUCCUUGAUAGUUUCAAGUAGUUAUGACGGUCUCUGCCGCAUCUGGGACACCGCGUCGGGCCAGUGUCUGAAGACACUCAUCGAUGACGAUAACCCCCCGGUGUCCUUCGUGAAGUUCUCUCCGAAUGGCAAAUACAUCCUGGCUGCCACGCUGGACAACACACUGAAACUCUGGGACUACAGCAAGGGGAAGUGCCUGAAGACUUACACUGGCCACAAGAAUGAGAAGUACUGCAUAUUUGCCAAUUUCUCUGUAACUGGCGGGAAGUGGAUUGUAUCUGGCUCCGAGGACAACCUUGUGUACAUCUGGAACCUGCAGACCAAGGAGAUCGUGCAGAAGCUGCAGGGCCACACAGAUGUUGUGAUCUCAACGGCUUGUCACCCCACGGAAAACAUCAUCGCCUCCGCCGCCUUGGAGAAUGACAAGACGAUUAAGUUGUGGAAGAGCGACUGCUGAGUCCCGGCCGCCAGAGACUGCAGUCAGAAGACCUGGACUGGCAAGAAACAAACGUGCGUGUGGCCGGGGCUUCCGGGGCCUGGGGACCUGGGGGACCUGGGGCACCGGAGACAGGCCCGAGCGCAGCUCCUCUGUGAAGGCACUGGCAGAGGGGACGUGCCACCGCUGGCGCCGGAGGGUUCUACCAGUCGCUGGGACAUUUCUUGCCAAUUGUCUGUCCUCGUCCACUCGGGAGUUCCUGUCUGUUCCGUGCCCAGAGGCAACACAAAUUUUUAAUUUUUUUAUUACACAAGAGUGACGUUC